AUGCCAAAACCCACAGAGCAAGAGCAUGAACCCUUGUAUUCCUUUGGUGACUUUUUCACUGAUUUGGAGGAAGAAGCCCCUGAAUCUGCAACCAGGGAUAGUUGUGUACACCCCAUGGACCUCCAGAUGGCAAUUUUUCAUUGCGCUGAUGAUUUUGUGAGACAGUACAUUUCAACAAAGCUUGCUUUCUUCCAAUUUGCACUACCUCUCCUGGUACCAAACCCAUGCACUUCAAAGAUAGAGUUUCCCCUCUGGUCCCUCAGCCAGAUAAAAAAAAGCUGGAAAGAGUCUGAGAAGUCAGGAAAGCAGGCCAGAACUAACAGUUACAAACCCAAACUCAUUUAUCAAGCAGAGACACCCAUCAUGUCCUUCAUAUGGAUUGGCAGUUCUCCCUCCUCUUCCAAGUCUCAGAUCCUGAAUGCUCUGCUGAGCAAACAAAAGCAUGACACUUUUUUCCACCGGCAUUGCAAAGGCAGCACCAAAGACUGUUUGCUGAUGAAAGGUGUUGUGGAGAUCUCCUGGUACUGUCCCCGGGGCAGUGAUGAUGAUAGCUGCUAUGUUGCUUUCUGUAACCUGCAUGGAGAUGCAAGGGACCAUGAAAAACAGCUGCAGUUUCUGCAGGAGAUAUCAGCUGUGAACGUGGCUCUUGUAGCUGAGUCUGAUCAGAGUGACAAGAAAGGGAUGAGAAUUUUACGUGACCUGUGGCAGUCACAAAUGCCUUUGGUUUGUAUUUUCACUGAAAAAGAGAACGUUGCAACUGGCCAACCCAGCCAAAACAUAACAAUAGGUAUCAAAACCAGAAACGAAGCAGAAUUAAUGGGCGAGCUGAAAAAAACUAUUGGAGAUAUUGUGGAAGGGUCUAACACACUUUUCAGCCUCACCGCCUGCCUGGACAAAGCUCGCAAGCAUGGAUUCUUAGUUGAUGAAGAUAUAGAUGCAUGUGUAACAGCCAAAGAAAAGGCAAAGACACUGGUGAAGCUUCCGAAGGAAGAGAAGUUGUUUGAGAUCAAAUCCCAGCUGCUGUCCCUUCAAGGAAUACUGUGGUACACAUGGUGCAAAAAGGACAAAGAACUCACUCGCUUGCAGGAGAAGAAGAACAAGAGCACAGAGCAUCAUCGGACCCAAACCGACAGGAAGUCAGUGAUAAGAAAGCAACUAGAGCAAGCAUUCCCUCUCAAUCUGAAACCUUAGUUGAUGAAGAAUUUAGAUGCCUUCUCUGAUGAAAUCAACGAUUCAUCCAUUGAUCUUGAGCAUAUUUUGAGAGAGGUGGGGCAGAUUUAUGAAGCUCUGGAUUCGAUGAACUCAAAGGAUGAAUACUUUGCCAAACUACCUGAAAUUUCAGCUGAUCUGGUGGUUUCAGGGUAUCCUGUCGAGCUGAUGGUUGGUGAUGCUUCUUACUUACCAUUACGAUGGGUCAGUGCAAUCUUUGACAGAUUAAUUAAUACACUAGGGGACAAACAAGUAUUUGUUCUCUCAGUGCUUGGCAUCCAGAGCACUGAUAAAUCAGCCCUGCCGAAUGCCAUGUUUGGUCUUCAGUUUAAUGCCAGUGCAGGGAGAUGCACCCGGGGAGCAUUUAUGCAGCUAAUUAAAGUGGAUGAGAAGCUGCACCAAGAUUUGGACUUCAGUUACCUGCUAGUUGUUGACACAGAGGGACUUUGUGCCAUAGAGAUGGCCAAUAAACAGUCCCUUAACCAUGACAAUGAGCUGGCCACCUUUGUUAUUGGCAUUGGCAACAUGACUCUGAUCAACAUCUUCGGAGAAAAUCUUUUAGUAAUGCAAGAUGUCCUCCAGAUUGCCGUCCAGGCUUUUCUGAGGAUGAAGCAAGUAAAACUUCCCCCAAGCUGCCUGUUUAUACACCAAAAUGUGGGAGAAAUAACUGCCAAGGAACAAAACCUGGAAGGACGAAGAUGCCUCCAGGAAAAGCUGGAUGACAUGACUGUGACAGCUGCCCAGAAGGUUCUAUGAUGCCUCAUAGACAUCAUUUGCUUCGAUGUGAACACCCACAUUCAUUACUUUUCUCACCUGUGGGAAGGAAACCCCACAAUGGCACCACCCAACCCCACCUACAACCAGAACGUCCAGGAAUUAAAGAGCAAAAUUCUCCAAGCUGCCAAGAAGGGCUCGCAGGGCAGUAUUUUGAGGCUCUCAAGUUUGAAAGUUCGUAUUAGUGACCUCUGGAACGCUUUGCUGAAUGAAAAAUUCAUUUUCGGCUUCAAGAUCUCGGUGGAGAUUGCUGCAUACAAGAAGCUGGAAACCGCAUUUAACCAGUGGACCUGGUGGCUGAGGAGUUACGUCUUGUAAAUGAAACUGGACAAUCACGUUCAGAAUGGGGACUUGCAGAAGAUCACCAGAGAAAGCCUUGAAAAUCUAGUGCAAAAGACAAGUGAUGACAUCAUGGAAGACAUGGAAAAGUAUUUCAGUGAGGACAAAGACCGUGAGAUACUGGUCCACUGGAAAGUCAGCACGGAACUGAGGCUGAAAGAACUAGAGGAAUCUCUCCUUCAUGAAACUAGAAAGAAGUGUGAGAAUCUUACUGAACUAAAGAAGAACCAGUGUAAACUGGAUGGAAGGAAGUCAGAAUAUGAAAGCGAGCUCCUGAAAAAGAGUAGGAAGCUGGCUCUGUCUCUAGAAGGCAAGACACUCAGUGAAGGGGAACUCAGAGACAACUUUGUUCCUCUCUGGAAUAGGUGGAUUGCUGAAGCCUCCUUUGCUGCUCCCCCUCUGGAACAGGUUGAUAUUGAUAGGGAAAUAGAUGAUGUCCUUCUAGAUCAGUUUAAGGAGCCCAACAUAUUGGCACAGAUCAGGGAAUUUCCCCAAAACAAAGCAUUUUCUGUUGAAAAACAUAUCACUAAGAAAAAACAUUGGGGCCUCGUUAGUAAGAAUUUUGAUCGUGCUGGUGUGAGCAACAUAGAACACAUUACAAAUGGCAUCAUAAUGUGUGUGAAGGCAAACAUUGAUAAGAAAGAACAGGAGAAAAGGGAUUAUAGUUAAAGUUUUAUUCAUGAAAUACUAAAUGAAGUACAGAAAGGUAUGAUUGUCCCUAGCAAUGCAACAUACAGUUUUAAUAAAGAUUACACAACAGAUUUAUCGCUGUAUCUGUGCAAAACAGCAGCAGAAAGAUUUAAAGCCAUGCAUGAAGCAUUCAAACAAGCAAAUGAUCCCGCCAUCUACCUGGUGAACAAGAGAGAAGUUUUCUUUAACUGUUUCCAGAUCUCCUGCCAAGGGGCCACUUCUAUCACAACAUUUGCUGUUUUCCUGUGUGACAAGAUUGCCCCAGCUCUUUGCCAGGCAAUCUAUGAGAGGACAGCUCUUACCAUAGCUCAAGACAUCAGGGGUAAGCUGCCAGCUUUCGAUGGCAAUAGAUUCUCUCUGGAAGUUUGCAUACUGAAAUACCCAGCAGAAGAAGAAAAUUUUGAGCAUUUCAAGGUGUAUCUUAAUUUCCUAGGAGACUGUAUAAAGAGUUACGUUGAGAGACGUGUUGAGACGUACUGUUUGGAUAAGAACAGCAGGCUGGAGAAGACUUUAGAUGACUCUCUUAUCUCUAUGAAAGCAUCAG